AAAUUUAUUUAAUUUUUGUCGAGUACUUGAGUUUUCUUAUUGGAAUCUGUUGAAAUGAAAUCGAAAUCUGGAUUCUCUAGCUUCUGACGCUUUUUUUUUCUUUGGGUAAUUAUAUACAGAAACAAGUAGAGAUUAUGGAUUUGUUGUUCAUAGAAAAAAGGAAAAUUUUUGGUUUAUUUCCAAUCAAUUGGAUCUGUUUAAACGAAUCAGAUCCUUAACUAAGAAUUACAGUUUUACUAAAGCUUGUCAUUGCUGUUUAUUUAUAUGUUCUAGUUGAUGUCGAGCUUGUGGUUUUUAUGUCGUUCUGCUUGAUCUUUUGUUUGCAUAUUUCUUUCCUAAAUGAAUGGUCCAAUCUGUGGUGUCUGUGGAAUUUAGUUUCAUGUAUUUGGUACCUUACAAAGAGACAACGCACUUUUUUGGAAUUUAUGUUUCUUCUGAGAAUGGGAGUUUACCUGUGAGGAGGAAAUGCUGGGAAUUUCCUUUAGCUAUUGCUGAAGACCAAUGUCAUACUUCUUAGUAAAAAUACUCAUUUUAUCUUCUGUUUUUGUUGUGUGGUUGAUAUUACAAAAGACAACUAAAACCAAUGUAACCUUGUUUCAAUAUACUUGCGAACAACUAGAAUUGGGAAUUACUAAUGACUUCAUUAAGUUCAAUCUAAUGAUGUAGCUAGUGUUUGAUUAGUUUGCUAUCUUAACUCUUGUAGAUGAGAGUGAUGGCAGAUAAGAGUUCAUUGAUUACCUUCCUUGAAUAAGAUAAACAGAAUUUCAUCCAAAAAGUAAAUGGAUGACUUUUCCGCAUAGGUCCGUAUUUCGAUGUGGAUUUCCAUUUGAAAUUCGGGGGUGAAGGCAAUGGCUUGGCCAAAUACCAGUAGGUUCCUACUCUGCAAGGAUAUUACAAAAUGCAAGGAAACUCGAAGCUCAGUUGGAUGAGCAGAUGAAUUUAUAUCGGAAGUUGGUCUCCACAAAGGUUUCAACAAAAGUUGACUCGCAAGAGAAUGAUCUUGAAUCUGGUAUAGACCGAUUACUAAAACAGCUACAACAAGUAAAUAUGCAAAUGCAAGACUGGGUGUCAUCUGGUGGAUCUGAAAUGGUUUCUCAUACCUUGACUCGACAUCAGGAAAUUCUUCAAGAUCUUACUCAGGAGUUCUAUCGUCUCCGCUCUAGCCUUAGAGCUAAACAAGAACAUGCUUCACUACUGGAGGAUUUUAGGGAGUUUGAUCGGUCUAGAUUAGACUUGGAAGAAGGUGUUGAUUCCACAGAACAUGCUUUACUUAAGGAGCAUGCAGCCAUCAGCCGGAGUACAGGACAGAUGGAUAGUGUAAUUUCACAAGCUCAAGCAACUCUUGGUGCACUUGUCCUUCAACGUUCAACUUUUGGAGGGAUUAAUUCAAAACUUAGCAAUGUCAGCAGCCGCCUUCCAACGGUAAAUAAUGUUCUAUCUGCAAUAAAGAGGAAAAAGUCUAUGGAUACCAUCAUUCUGUCUCUCGUUGCAUCUGUAUGCACAUUUCUUAUGUUUAUCUACUGGUUGAGCAAGUGACACUGUAUUUUGCGUUGCUGGCCAAUCUUUGUGGUGAAACAGGUUGUGUCGUAGGUUUCAUGCUGUGUGGAGCUAAGGGGUGUUAUCUUAUGUCGUAAGUUGAAGGUGACAUUUCUAGUGGGCAGUGCAUCAUAAUCACCUUCAUUUGUCCAGCAAUUUGGGUUUCCCAGUGUAGAUAAUAUUCAACAUUCACAUGUGCGUAAAUUUUUUUGUAUCAUCUUUGUUAAAUGAUUGAACUGCAAAUAGAAUGUUUCAUUUGUUUCA